CGAUCGAGGUCCUUUGCGUGGGGAACGCCAAGACCCAAGAGAAUUGACGUCUCAACAACGAUGAUCUCCCGUACCUGCAGCCGGCUCCUGCUGUCCACGCUCGCUGUUCACCUGCUCCUCCUGCUUGCGAUCAUCCAACACUCCUGCUCCCUCAGCACCUACAGCAGCAGCAGCAGCAACCAAACGGCGAAGGUCCCGUACUGCCAGCCCGACCAGGCCUCGGCGCUGCUCCGGCUGAGGAGGCGCUCCUUCUCCCCCACCAACGAUUCCGCGUGCACCCUCGCGUCGUGGCGCCCCGGCACCGACUGCUGCGACUGGGAGGGCGUCGCCUGCAGCACCGGCACCGGCACCGGCGGCGGCGGCGGCCGUGUCACCACCCUCGACCUCGGCGGAUGCUGGCUGGAGAUCAGCGCCGCCGGCCUCCACCCCGCUCUCUUCGAACUCACCUCCCUCAGGUACCUGGACCUCUCGGAGAACAGCCUCAACGCUAACGACUCCGAGCUCCCGGCCACUGGGUUCGAGCGGCUCACCGAGCUCACCCACCUCAACCUCUCCUACUCCGACUUCACAGGAAACAUACCACGCGGGAUACCGCGGCUCAGCAGAUUGGCGUCUCUCGACCUGUCAAACUGGAUCUAUCUCAUUGAAGCAGACAACGAUUAUUCCCUCCCGCUCGGCGCAGGGCGGUGGCCCGUCGUCGAGCCAGACAUCGGAUCGCUGCUCGCCAACCUCAGCAACCUGAGAGCGCUCGAUCUGGGCAAUGUUGACCUGUCCGGCAAUGGCGCGGCAUGGUGCGAUGGCUUCGCUAGCUCCACUCCUCGGCUCGAGGUUCUCAGGCUGAGGAACACCCACCUCGAUGCUCCGAUCUGCGGAUCGCUGUCCGCCAUUCGCUCCUUGGUCGAGAUCAACCUGAAGUUCAACAAAUUGCAUGGCAGAAUUCCGGAUUCCUUGGCUGAUCUGCCUUCCCUCCGUGUUCUUAGGCUCGCCUACAAUCUCCUCGAAGGGCCAUUCCCGAUGAGGAUAUUUGGAAGCAAGAACUUGAGGGUCGUUGAUAUCAGCUAUAAUUUCAGACUGUCCGGUGUGCUGCCCGAUUUCUCAUCGGGUAGUGCUCUGACUGAGCUGCUCUGUAGCAACACUAACCUGUCUGGUCCCAUCCCGAGUUCUGUAAGCAAUCUCAAGUCCUUGAAGAAUUUGGGUGUUGCAGCAGCUGGUGACAGUCACCAAGAAGAGCUUCCCUCUUCAAUUGGUGAGCUCAGGUCCUUAACAUCGUUACAGCUUUCUGGGUCUGGCAUAGUAGGAGAAAUGCCUUCUUGGGUUGCGAAUUUGACUUCUUUGGAAACUCUGCAAUUCUCCAACUGUGGCUUAUCUGGUCAACUGCCUUCCUUCAUAGGCAAUCUCAAGAACCUAAGUACCUUAAAAUUGUAUGCAUGCAAUUUUUCUGGUCAGGUACCUCCACAUCUUUUUAAUCUAACUAAUUUGGAAGUCAUAAACCUUCAUUCCAAUGGUUUCAUUGGCACAAUCGAACUCAGCUCAUUCUUCAAAUUGCCCAAUCUAUCAAUACUGAAUCUUUCAAACAACGAACUUUCUGUACAAGUCGGGGAACAUAAUUCUUCAUGGGAAUCCAUCGAUAAUUUUGACACUCUAUGUCUAGCAUCUUGUAACAUAUCCAAGCUCCCCCAUACCUUGAGGCACAUGCAAUCGGUUCAAGUUCUUGACCUUUCAAGCAACCACAUCCAUGGCACUAUACCUCAGUGGGCAUGGGAUAAUUGGAUCAACUCGCUCAUCCUGAUGAACUUGUCACACAACCAAUUCAGUGGUAGUAUAGGAUAUGGCUCUGUCAUUUCAGAUGGUAUGUUUGUUAUUGAUAUCAGUUAUAACCUAUUUGAAGGUCACAUACCUGUACCAGGACCACAGACCCAACUGUUUGAUUGCUCGAACAAUCGAUUUUCAUCCAUGCCAUCCAAUUUUGGUUCUAAUUUAAGCAGUAUUUCCCUUCUCAUGGCUUCCAGCAACAAGCUGUCCGGAGAAAUUCCACCAUCGAUUUGUGAAGCAACAAGCCUUUUGCUCCUUGAUCUCUCCAAUAAUGAUUUUCUUGGCUCCAUCCCUUCUUGUUUAAUGGAGGAUAUGAGUGACCACCUGAAUGUAUUAAACUUGAAAGGAAAUCAACUUGGUGGAAGAUUGCCAAAUAGCCUAAAGCAAGAUUGUGCAUUUGGGGCAUUAGAUUUUAGUGACAAUCGGAUUGAAGGACUGUUACCCAGAUCCCUAGUUGCUUGCAAAGACUUGGAGGCUUUUGAUAUCAGAAAUAAUCGUAUUGAUGAUAAAUUUCCAUGUUGGAUGAGUAUGCUUCCUAAACUUCAAGUCCUUGUUCUGAAAUCCAACAAGUUUGUCGGGAAUGUGGGGCCUUCUGUUCCUGGAGAUAAAAAUAGUUGUGAGUUUAUAAAACUUCGAAUUUUUGACUUGGCUUCAAACAAUUUCUCUGGACUAUUACAAAAUGAAUGGUUUAGAACAAUGAAAUCCAUGAUGACUAAAACAGUCAAUGAGACGCUGGUCAUGGAAAAUCAAUAUGAUCUACUUGGCCAAACAUACCAAAUCACCACUGCCAUCACAUACAAAGGGUCUGAUAUUACUUUUUCGAAGAUAUUGAGGACAAUUGUAGUCAUUGAUGUUUCGGAUAAUGCGUUCUAUGGUGCCAUUCCCCAGUCUAUUGGGGACCUAGUUCUACUUAGUGGGGUAAACAUGUCACAUAAUGCCCUCACUGGACUGAUCCCAUCUCAGCUCGGCAUGCUACAUCAACUCGAGUCGCUCGACCUCUCUUCAAAUGAUCUUUCAGGAGAGAUUCCACAAGAGUUGGCAUCACUGGACUUCCUUUCGACGUUGAAUAUGUCCUACAAUAAGUUGGAGGGAAGAAUACCCGAGUCUCCCCACUUCUUGACAUUCUCUAAUCUCUCAUUUCUAGGAAACAUGGGUCUCUGUGGACUUCAGCUGUCCAAAGCAUGCAACAACAUAUCAUCAGAUACGGUUCUACAUCAAUCAGAGAAGGUGUCAAUAGACAUUGUGUUGUUCCUUUUUGCCGGACUCGGAUUUGGUGUUGGAUUCGCAAUUGCAAUUCUCUUAACAUGGGGAACCUCAAGGAGCUUGUCCUUAGCUUUACGACUGUCGCAAUGAGCUACCAGGGCAAUGCUCUGUCUUCCACUCGUCCAGCUACUUCACCUAACCAAUUACAGUAUCUUAAGAGGGGACACGCAGGAAGUGUCCCUAGCCUAGCUAGCUCAGAUAGGUGCCCUCGUGCAUCCAAACAACUUAAUUUUGAGUCCUCUUCAACUCAAAUUUGUGUGCCUAUUUCUUCUUCUUAAUAAAGAAACACCGAGCUUCUGCUAGGUUGAAUCUCUUCUUUUUCAAGAGGAGCUAGGCUCACCUUCCCAUCACUCAAGGAUCUAAGGUUUGUCCACAUUGUUAUCUCAGAGUUCACUCUACAUUACAGCUUUUCUUUAUCUAGGGGUGUGCAUUCAUUUCAAAUAGGGGCUAUAUAUGCUCGACUUUGUAUCUCUCUACCUGAACUAGAGCACCUUAUGUUGUCUCUGAAUUGUGAUUGCCAGAAUGGGGAACAACAGCUUGAGAACCUUACCAUCCAAUGGUUUUCUAGACAAAGUCGAUUAAGCAUGUUAAUUUGGAAUGUAUGAGAAGCUAUAUAUGUGGAUGUGUGGGAUGUAUCCAUUCUUAUUUUCUAGGGAUAUAUCCAUUCUAUUUGUUUUUGCAGUGGGCAUGGCUAGCAAUUACUUGAGGCUAGCCAAUAAAACAAAUUAAUUUUUUUUUUGAGUAAAACCACAUCACUGCCGGGUUGUAAGUUCAACCCAUCACAGAUGACUCACAUCUGUGAUCAAAACCCAUCACAGAUGAUCAUCUGUGACAGGUUGAAGAACAGCUUGUCAAAGAUGACAAAGUUUAUGUCCAUUCAUAGUAAAAGAAUUGUAAAUAUAUCUCAGGGUCUCUCUCUUUUGUCGAACA